GCUGAACGCUCACUGUCGUCUUGCGCAAUCUCGUUCCUUUGCUGUGAUCCAUAAGCAUAAAUUCUACUAGAGCAUGUCUGCUGAGUAUGCAGAUGCGACACUUGCGCAGAUCAGGGACGUGAUCGCUCGCCUGCAGUCACCAAUCCCGGACUCGACUGCUCUCCUUCAACUGCUUGCCGCUCCUCUAGCAUGCUUAAGUCUGCUACCACCACGCUUCAGAAGAUAUGAUGUGUCUCCUUUGCCCAAGGAGAGCUUCAAUAUUAUUCGGCACGUUCCGCUGCUGCAGAGAGCCCUAUUGGAACAUGUAGUCCCGACCUGGGAGCAGGUGCUUGUGCAAGAAGACGCAUUUGCCUUGGUCGAGCAAUAUUUCUGCCCUGAUGCCAUGUCGUUCGGUAUUCCAGCUGCGGGACAAGUUGCCGUGCUUGCAUACUCGACCUUACUCUCCUCGCCAGUACAUGAACCCUCCGUACGGCUCCUUGUACGACUGUCUAGAGCGUAUCCCAUAGAUGUGUUACAUACAGUUGUCUAUGCAGGUCGCGACAAGGCCGGCUCUGGAAAGCAACAGAUCACCUGGGAAGACUGCGUGCGGAACGUCGCGGCACUCCCAGGAAAAGUCGCAAAUGUGCUCGGAGCCCAAGGUGCAAUCCCUCCAGAACUCGAAUAUGGCACGUAUGUCAGGAAUUUGAGCGUGCGGAGCGAGUCUCUCAUCGCAGCAUUAUGCUCGAACCCAUCCGGAGACAACGUAAGCUCUGUGAUCUACCUGCUCAACAAGCUCGUCAAUAUUGGCAUCUUCCCUCCUUCCAGGCCCACAUCGCCAUCGCAACCCUCCUUCUUCAAAGCCACGCUGCCAAAGUUGCGCGAGCGCGUCUCGUCAGAUCCGUCCUACCCCGCUUUCUGGCGCAAGUUGCUUUCGUCGCUUCCGUCCAGCCUCACUCUGCAUUCCAUCAUAACAUCUCUCUGCUCUGCCCUCGAGGACAUCCAACCACCCUUGGAUCCCACAGAACCGAAGCGCGCAUUGGUGAAACGCGAGGCGCAGCUGCUGAGAGACCUGCUGGGUAAGCUCACCAAAGACAACAGCGAGCUACUCGAUGCCUUCUCCGCGGUGGCGCUCGGCAGGGAGUGGGGCGAGGGGCAUGCACGGAUAUUCGCGUGCUGGGCCGCGGGAGCCGAGAGCGGUGCCCGAGAUAGAGAAGAUCUGGAAGUAGUGCUCUUCAAAGUCGUGGACGUGUGGGCCAACCCGGACCAGAUCAGGCAUUCCCUCCUCUCGCGACAUCGAUAUCUCACCUCGCUCCUCUUGCUUAUCCUCUCCUCCUUCGGGCCGAAUGAAUCAGGCUCUCCCUCGGCCUAUCAGGCGCUGGCGCACUCGCCGCCAUUCCUCACCAGCAUCUCCACGUACAUCGCGCACCUCGACGCGACGGUGCGCCGCUGCGGGAUGCUGGUCGCGGAGGAGGUCGCACGCGGUGCUGGGAAGAAGCUAGACUUCCGUGACUGGGAGGGGGACGAAGACGGCAAGGACUGGUGCAGGCAGCUCCGCGUGCUCACGGAGGGAUGCGAUGCGGACGCGGAAAUGGAUGCCAUAUCUAACCAAGAGGAUGAGUCCGAAGAAGGGACGAAAUCGGCGACCGCGCCAGCAGCUGAGCAAACGAACUCGCACGGGAAUGUGCCAAAGAAGGUUACUGUGCAGGAGACAGGCUAUGACUCGGACGACUCGCUGACCGGAUACGCCUCGCCUCCGCACUCUUUUCGGUCCCCGUCUCCGACUCCUUCUGAGCUCGAGGAGAUCGAGAAGGACCCUACGCUCCGCGUGGGGCAGAAGAAGGUGCCGCGGCCCGUGUACCUCGCUCAGCUCGGGGAGAUGGUCCGCGGUACAUCGGGCGUAAAGUCCGAGGAGGAGGAGUUUGAGGUGCAGAAGAUUGAGGUCGCGCUUGAUGUGGCAGAGGAGCUGAUCAGGAGAAAGAGGGCAUACGGCACUGAGCUUGAGGAGACUGCUAUCACCCUCGUGCACGGGUUCCUUGGUUUACAGGACAACUAUGAUAUCGAUGAUUUUGAGAAGAAACGUCAGGCGGCGCUGAAUGCUCUGGUUGCCUGCUGCCCUCGCAAAGCCGCUCCCGCUCUCAUCGAGGAACUCUUCAGAAACCAGUAUUCCGUUUCCCAACGAGACGCCGCUCUCAAUGCACUCGCGCUGGGUGCAGGUGAGCUCGCGUCCAUUUCCAUCCCGAGUGUGGUCUCUCCACUUGCUGGAGAUCGCGUCUCGUUCCCCAGCAAGCGCCUCCCGGCUGCUCUACACAAGAAGUAUAUUACGGCGGAUGACAAGCACAACGCGAACAAUGCUGUACAGCUCUUCGUCGACGAUCUGAGCCGCAAGGCCAUCGACAAAGGUGCAGAGCCGACGGCUGAAAAGCUGGCCGCGAUCGUUCGCGAGCGGCAGUUGCGUCUCCGUCAGCCUGACAAAGUGACAGAGCUUCCGUCAAGCAGAUCCGCUAUGUCGCGUCUGACACCACAAACCGCACAGCCAAAACGGACGACGUUCACUGAAGUCGCGGCGGAGUACUUCAUAUGCCCGCUGAUCAACCACUUCUGGCUGUUCCUACGGGAUGAGCACGCCCGCGAGGCUCUAACGGCGCACCAACCUACGCUGCAUCGCUAUCGCGGGGCAGGAACAGGCCUCGUCCUCAACGCAAAGGUCAUGACGAGAUUCCUGUCUACCCUCGCGCUGCUAGUGCACGCGGCUAGGAACGCAAGAGAGUGGCUGGCUAUCAUUGCUCCCGACGCACUGGAACUGGCGGUUACCCUCGGUACCCGACCCAUCUCGUUGUCAGAGAUCGCUGAUGACGAGGACAUGCAAGACGAUGUUCCAAGUGGGGCGAGUGACCGGCCUGGAGACACUGCAGAACCGAAAGAAGUAGGCAAAGAGGCAGCCAUCCUGACGUGCGCAUUGCAGCUCGCGCUGAUCGUGCUCGAUGGAGCGCUUGACCUCGACGGCGGACGCUCGCUGGGGCUGGAGCACACCGCGCUGUUAUUGGGCGCGGGAGAAUGGGCUGGGACGAUUCUCAUGAAACUGAGACGAGGGACGCGGGUGCUUGGAGGAGGUGGGCUGCACGAGGCCAUGCUGAAGAGAUCGGCAGCGGGCGUGGCGCUGAAGGUGGAUGAGCUCAGCUCCAGGUGGGGGCGGUCUAUGAUAGAUCUCGGAUCGUUGUGAUUAUGGGAAGAGGCGAUGCUGAGGAAGGGGUGGCGAGUAUUGGAGGUUGCCUUUGGAUCAUGAUUGACGAGCUGUCGUGCCUUAUCCCAUGCGUUUCUUUGCAGAUUAUUAAGGUGAUGAUGACGCUUGGUGUAGAGCUCUGUAAAGAACGGUGCGCUAGGUACUUCCAGUAAUGUAUGUGUCUGAGGAGUUCACAAUUUGUGCGGAAAA